UCUGGAUAGAAAAUCUGCGCUGAGCAUGGCACUGCAGGAAACCUGCGCUGCGCAAGCAGUAUGACCUUGGCGCAACCGUUAGCCUCAAAAACAUUGGGCCGCGCUGCACUGGCUACGUCCGCAGUCCCGUGCAGCAUCGACGCGUUGACGGAGCGGCGCAUCUUGGCGAAUUUGUUGAAUAAGGACGCGCCUCGCCCGGUCCUGCCCUGCGAUUUCGCUACGUGCAGCACGUGGGAGCCGUCAGUACUUCGAGAGCGGGCGGCGCGCCGCUCGCCGUCGUCGGUUGCGCUCCUUCGUAUCGUCGCCCGGCGGCCCCGAUGUGCGUCGGGGUCUGUGGGGGUUCCGCCCGCUACCCCGGCUGGUAGGCUGGCGCGCCAAUAGGGGCCCCGGCUUGCCCACGGCAGGCCCUCUGCCCCUUUCUGGUGCUGUGUGCCAGGCCCUAUUGCCUGGGCUCGCCUAGUUGGCGCAGGGCUUUGCCGGUAAGCUUGCCGCUAUUGCUUGGCGGGGGGGGCCCGCGUCCGAGGAGAAAGGGCCACGCACCCCAUCAAUGCUGGCGCGCCGGCCGAAGCUCUCGCGCGCUUAUUGCCGCGGCUGCGCCAGAUGCCCUGGUCUUCGGGCUGCGCGCCGGCUUGUUUUGACUUUCUUGGCGGGGCCCGGCUGCUUUUCGAUUUCGCCACUACGGGCCGGCUUUGUGGGUGAUCGCGCGGUAAGCGGUGGCGCCACCGACUUCAAAUGGAGCAUGUUCCUGUGCUUUCCGCUUUGGAAAGUAACCAAUUUUACCGAU